AUGAUUUGAUAAUCAUCAGAAAAAUUAUCUAAUUAUUUUAAAACUAAAAUCAAUAUCUGGAGAAAAAAAUGGGAAAAUCUUCACUAAGAAAUGUUCUGAAAAAUUUUCUUGAACAUUAUGAAAAACUUGAAGCAAGUCUUGGACAAUCACGUAAAGCAAUUAAAGAAUAUGCCGAAUCUGGACGAUCAACACCGCCACCAUUAUCAUUAUAUGCACAAGAAUUUCUUAAACUUAAAGAAUUGACUGAAUCACUUAAAAAUGAUGUUAAUUGUCCAAUGAUUGAAGGCCAUAGUGAAGUUAAUCGAAAAAAGAAUCGUUACAAAGAUAUUCUUCCUUAUGAUAAUAGUCGUGUCAUAUUGUCCGAAUAUCCUGGUGUUCCCGGUUCGGAUUAUAUUAACGCUAAUUAUGUUCGUGGUUCAUCGGGUAAUCAACGAGCCUAUAUAGCAUCACAAGGUCCAUUACCGAAUACAUUGGUAGAUUUUUGGCGAAUGAUUUGGGAAACAGAAGUAUUGGUAAUUGUAAUGGCUUGUAAUGAACGUGAAGCUGGUAAAUAUAAAUGUGAACCAUAUUGGCCAAUAAAUACGGACGAAAAACAGCAAUACGGUAAUAUUACUGUCGAACAUGUUAAAUGGCGACAGGUUUGUCCGGAUUUUUUAGUUCGAACAUUCAAAGUUACUGCCGAUAAUGAAGAACGAACUAUUUGUCAAUUUCAUUAUACAACAUGGCCCGAUCAUGGUGUUCCAAGUUCGGUACAACCUAUUUUAGAAUUGGUACGCUUAAUGCGUGAUGUGCAAUUAACAGAAUCAAGACCAAUAUUGGUUCAUUGUAGUGCUGGAUGUGGCCGUACUGGAACAUUAUGCAGUAUUGAUUAUGUUUGGGCAUUAUUACGAACCGGAAAACUUCGCGAAAAUUUUAGCCUAUUCGAAAUUAUUAGUGAUAUGCGUCGACAAAGAAUAGCAAUGGUACAAACAGUUGAACAAUAUAUGCUUUGCUAUAGAGCUGUUUCAACAUUAUUCGAACAACAUCUUAAGCUUAUUGAUUCACAUACAUAUGAAAACAUCGAUGGUGAUGGUAAACCUUUAGGUAUUAAAAAUUUGACAAUUCCUGUCGAAAUAGAUGAAGAAAAAUCUGUACAAGAAAACGAAUCUCUUUCAUCAUCAUCUUCAUCUUCAAUAUCAUCAAAUUCAUCAUCAUCAUCAUUAUCUUCUUUGACAAUAGUCGACGAUGUGAAAUCAUCAAACGAUAAUCAUAAUCUUACAAAAGAUAGUAUAGAAAAUGAUCAACAAAAACAUGAUGAUUCGAAUUCUAAUACAAAAUCUAGUAAUAAUGAUUCGAAUCCAACGUUAGAAGAUUCGUUUAAACAACAACAAGAUGCCGAUGAUUCACAGACGGAAGAGGCAAGACCUGCACAUGAAAAAUUAAUUGGCAAAGCAACCGUUAUACGACGACCUAGCAUUGCAAAAUUAAAAGCCAUUUUUGAUAAUCCCCCACAACAACAAGCUCAACAAUGUGAUCAGAAUUCUGAAAAUCAACAACCAUCUACAUCAUCAUCGUCGUCGUCAUCAUCUCCAUCAUCGUCAACAAAUCAUACAACAACAACCACAAAUCGUCUUCAACGAAGCCAAAGUAUUAAGGAAAAUUUUCGAAAUUUUAAUUUUAAUUUUCAUCUAGAAAUCAAUCAACCAAAGCUUCCUAGCCGUAAAGCAAAAAGCUAUACAUUAAGUGCGGCUAAACUAAGUGUAUAUAAAAAGAAUUUCAACUUUUCAAAUCUGGUAUUAAAUCAGGAGAAAAACUCUGCAUCGAAUCGUGCUAAAAUUCAAGAUAUUUGUUUUGAUAAUGUUAGUUCGCCAACAACCGAUGAUCAGGAUACGCCAGAAAAUUCACCAAUAGCAAUCGAAUCUGAUAAUAUUGAAUCAAAUUCUGUUGAAGUUUUUCAUCAGUCUCAACAAGAGCAACAUCAACAAUCUGUGAUUUCAGAAUCAACGAAUACUAACAAUAGCCGAAAUCCUUUGCAUCAAAAUAUUUGUUAUCGCAACAACAAUAAUCGUCCCCCAUCAUUGAAUGAAUCAACAAGAAAUGCUCCACCAAAACCACCGAGAACAUAUCAACAUAUUUUAGAUGAUUCCUGUAUAAUCAAAACACCUGAAGGUCGAUUGAUUGUAACCGUAGCACAACCAAUACAUCAUCAUCAUAAUCGAAUGCAAUCACGUAUCGAGCAUCAACAUCUUAGUUCUGAUUAUGAACAUAAUAAUUAUCGUGGACAAGAAUCAAUUUAUGAUCAAUUAGGUGCAAGAAAAUUUAGCUAUCAAUCAUCACCAAAUUUAGCCACAAUGACUACUGCUUUUUUUCCAUCAACAACAAAUGGUGUCACUGGACAAUUAUACAAUAUUCCAUCUCUACAACAUCCUCCACCGCAAUCCUUACAAGCUCCAAUCAAAUCAAUAAAUCAAUAUUGUGAUAAUAAUUUUGUCACCGCAUCCAAUGCUAUUUAUUCGAAUCCAUUGAUAGCGAAAUCAUUUCCUCUUGCACCAUCGGCCAUGUUUCAUUCACAAAUUGCUCAACAACAACAACAGCAGCAGCAAAAAACUAGCCAAAUACAUCAUCCAAUGCAACAAACAUCGGUCAUACAAGGACCUUCACGAUUAUCACAAGAUUAUUCUCAUUAUGGCAAUUAUUCACCUUAUAUUGAUGUACUUAAUUUUCAACAACAUCAAGCUAAACCAAUAAUUUUACAACAACAUGGUUAUUAUGAACCAAUUUAUGGUUCAACAACACCGAUGCAGUCUAAUCAUCAUCAAUAUUUGAAUCAAAGACCAUCGGUUCCACCUUCUGUACAAAUGAUCUCAUCCGUUGCACAACCAUCGCUUCAACAACAACAAUCAGCACCGCAACAUCCACCACUUCGAUCAAAAUCAUUAACUGCUAGACUUAACAACAUACAACAUCUUCCACCACAAGAAUCAAUUUAUGGCAAUCGAAAAAUGUGUUUUAAUGAUCAACGAUUUGAUCCAAAUCAAAUUCAACCAAUUCCUCAUCAAAGACCAAAAGAAAAUAUUUAUACUGAAAUUCAAAUCAAAUCGGCGAAUAAUAAUGAUGUUGAACAAACGCAAUCUGACAAUAGUAACAAUAAUACGGAUAAUAACAUAAAACCAGGUCGAUUUAGUCGAUUGUAUCGAGCAUUUAAAUUAUUUGGUCUAACAACCAGUAUUAAUCGAACAAACAAUAAUAGCGGAUCUUCGUCAACACCUUCUUCGCCGGCUAAAAAUUCUCCAGUUAAAUCUUUGAUGGCAAAAAAUUUAUUGAAUUCAAAAUCAAAAACAUCUACAACCACAUUGAUGAAUGUUCAAAUGAAUGUUGGUGAUUCUGUUACCACAACAGCAGCUACAGAAACAACAGGUUUGAAAAUUUCCAAUGGUACCACUGGUGGUUGUAUUAACGCUAACGUUCCGAUCAAUCCAAUCAAUGGACAACCAUUAACAAGGCCACCACAUUCACAUCGAUUUCAUCAUCAGAAUGCCACACAAUGGACUCAAGUCUAACUGAAUUUUUUUUUGUCUUAUUUUUGAUAUUUGAAAAAAAUAUCUCGACUUGAAGUAUUUAUUUAUUAAA